AUGCAGUUUCCUAUUGAGUGCUCAGUUCCCUGGAUGCUGGUAGAUCAUAUGAUUGAUUCCCAAAAUGCAGGCCUUCUUGAGAGUGUUUUGAUCCCGUUUGAUAUCUAUAAUGAUUCGGCUCAGCAUGCACUAGUUGUGCUCAAGCAACGGUUUCUCUACGAUGAAAUUGAAGCUGAGAUGAAUAGUGCCCAUGGACGCCAGAGGGCAGAGGGUCCUUCCCUCUAG